UCGACAGCCGCCUGUCUGUGGAUGGGAUCUGGGCGAGCGCGCGAGGCACCGGGCCGUGGAAGCAACGCGAGCGCGCGUGCAAGUGACUUUUCAGCAAACUUCGGUUGCACAGAGCGCAGCAAGCGAGACAUGGGCGAGCUCACGAGCUCCAAACUUGACGAAAUGUGACGGAUUCGGGCUGUUUUGUUUGAGGUGUGUGUGUGUGUGUGUGUGUGGAGGCAUGGCAGAGAGAGCGUACGUCUGAAUGAACGGAGUUUUCCGACAUGCCCGAGGAUGUUGUGCUCAUUAGGAACCGGACAGAAGCGGUGCAGGGUCGCGCGUGGGGCGCCGAGGUGUUGGCCGGAGGCGGCGGCGGGGACAGCGGCGCGCGACCUGGACCGACAUGGCAAGUGGCUGUGCUCGCGAGCGUGUUGAUUUUCACUAGCGUGGUGGACGUGUUGGGAAACACGCUGGUCAUUGUGUCCGUGCUCAGGAACCGAAAACUGAGAAACGCAGGUAACGCGUUUGUGGUGAGCUUGGCAUUAGCAGACCUGUUGGUGGUGUGUUACCCAUACCCUCUGGUCCUUCAUGCUCUGCUGCAUUCCAGUUGGCUGCCUGGCGAGACAGAGUGUAAAGUUAGCGGCUUCAUCAUGGGCGCCAGCGUUAUUGGCUCCGUCUUCAACAUCACAGCUAUCGCUCUCAACCGCUACUGCUUCAUCUGCCAUGCGCGCACUUAUAGCAAAGUGUAUGGCCGUGGCGGCACGCUAGCUCUAAUCACACUGGUGUGGGCUCUAACGGGCGUCGCCAUACUGCCCAAUCUCGCACUGGGGUCACUGACCUAUGAUCCUCGUGUGUAUUCUUGCACUUUUAGCCAAACUGCAAGUGCCGGUUACACCUUCGCCGUGGUUUUCAUUCACUUCCUGUUUCCCAUUGCCAUUGUAACAUUCUGCUAUGCACGAAUUUGGAUUCUAGUGCUAAACGUCAGGCGCCGGGUGGCUAGCGACACGAGGCCCCGCCUCCGACCAAGUGAGGUUCGCCAUUUCCUCACCAUGUUCGUCGUCUUUGUGCUGUUCGCCGUCUGUUGGGCGCCACUCAAUCUGAUUGGCCUAGCUGUCGCAAUGGACCCGCCCAAAGUGGCGCCACUGGUUCCCGAUUGGCUCUUUGUGGUCAGUUAUUUUAUGGCGUAUUUUAACUCGUGCCUCAAUGCCGUUGUAUACGGGCUGCUCAAUCAAAACUUCCGCCGUGAGUACCGCUGCAUCCUGAUGUCAAUCUGCAAGCCCCGCCUCUUUCUGCAGGAAACAUCGAGGGGUGGAACAGAACGAAGUAACAAGCAAUCACAGGUUAACAACAACAACGAGCAGGCAAAAGCCGAGACUAUUUAAUGAGACAGAAAUAUCAGGACAAUCCAUCCAGAUGAAAAGGACACGGGGGAAAUCUUGACAAGUUCCAGUAAGAUGAUACAUGUUAGCAAUACAGCAUUAAACUUUUCCAGUAAUUCUCCAGCGGAACAUGGACACAGCGAGACAGGGGGACCGGGAGUUAGCAACUCUUUUCUAAUAAUAUUAACAAAUUAACAACACUGAGCCAAUUUUUAAAUAAACUAGCCUCAGUUAAAGAAAGAAAAAAUAACAAUAAUUAAACCCUCAUGUUACAAAUAGCUUCAAACUUUCUUAUGCUAACAUUUUACAAAUGAUUCUUUGCACUAAUAAUAAAAUAUUACACACCAAGCCAAAACAAAUUGCUCAUAAUAGACAGAAUUUAACACACACACAGUGUUUCAACAUUACAACACACUAGCAAAUUAGCAGCUUUUAGCUAUAAACUUGACCAAUUCAAAACAAGUAGCUCAACUGAUUGAGAUUUCGGAAGUUAAUAGCUAAUUUGAAAUGUAGCAUCUUAAAAGGAAAAUUUCAGCUAAGACAAAUGAACUUGCCAGACAAGGAUUCGAGUUUAAAGACAUCAGCCUUGUUGAUUGAACUUUUAGUAAAGUAGCAUGUAGCUAAAAGCUACAAAAAGCUAAAUAAUAAUAAUUGCAUACAUGGGGCACUGUUUUAACCCUUCAGCAACAUUUUAAUGAUAUUCACCCCAGGGAUCCAAUCAACUUGUAUGUCUACUGCAGCAUUAGCACUUUGGCUAGUGAGGAAUACUAACAUUACCACACACAACAUUAGCAAUUCCACCCACCUCAACGAUAGACUGUUUAGCUGUUUGGUUACCUGAGAGCAUUCUGUUAAAAAGACAGAAAAUUCAACCAAAAUUCAAAUAUAGCUUAACAAUAACAGUUAUGAUAACAGGAAAAAAUAUUUUUCUCUAUUUAAAUACAACAUCUAACAAAAGAGCAUCAACAGUGCUAUGCUAACAGGUACAAUAUUAGCUAUAACGCCUUAGUGCCAAUCCCACUUAUUAAAUUUAGCGACAAUUUAACUCCAAAUUAAAAACAUCAGAAGGUGAAAAUUUCAGCUCCUCUAAUCCAACAAACCCAUUUAAAACAACUUCACAUUGUAUUCGUAGCUGCAAAGUUCUUCUGAACAGCACACAAUGCGUUUGCAAAGUAAAAACUGAGAGAAACUUUUUAACCUUCGCAGUAACUAAAACGAACCAAAGGCAGUUAGCGAUUCUGAAACAUUACUUGCACUGUUUGCCAAGAGGAUGUGUAAAACACUCUGUUAGCAUCGCACAAUUGUGGUUUAUUUUUUAAUUGAACUGAUUUAGGUUUAUGAGUAAGGAAAAGAAAAAGGAGUGAAUUGAUUCCCAACUCUACAUUAUAGAUGUCAUUUUUCUACAGCAGCUGCACUUUACAGGCCAAACAGGACUCUUAAAAGCCUUCAUUUCAUGAGCAUUUUCAUGUCCUCUGAAUCACGACCUUUUUCCUUGUUACUGUUUGCGCAGUAAAUAAAUUUUAAGGAACUUAAAGACUACAUUAAACUCGAAAUCACAUAGCCUCCCAAAGCGUCCAAUUAUUGUUGUCCAAUAAUUGUUGUAUUUGUUUCUUUAUUGUGCGCGAACGCUAGAGUAAUGGAUCUCCAGGCGCAAGGCAUUAACUUUUAACAAGCUCAAUCGCUGGAACAUCAAACCCUUUUAUACAGCAUCGGACAUACAGAGCAACACGUUGUUGCAAUUUAUUUAGCAACUGAUAUAAGUGACUAUUUUAAGUAACUCAGUUGAUUGAGAUUUCUCAAUUUAAUUGCUAAUUUGAAGCUUUUUAGAAUUAGCUAAUGAAAUGAACUCAAGUUUAAAGGCUUCAUUCAUUCAAGCUUUUAGUAAAGUUGGGUGGAAAUGAAUUUGUUGCAUUUUUGCACCCCAUGUUGCUUUAAAAUCCAGCUACUUUAUUUUGCCCUAAUGCUAAGGAGAUUGUGUUGUAGGUAAACGCACUCCUGGCACUGCUUUUAAUGUUUUAAAAAUUUUAAUGAUAUUCACACCCCCCAGGGAUCCAAUCAUUUUUUAUGACUUCUGCAGCAUUAGCAUUUUGUUUAGCAAGUAAAUGAAAGAGAAAUUCAACAAGUUUAUUGGCAUUCCUUCCACACAACGUCCUUCUGUAUUUCCUAGCUGAAUUUCUCUCCGAGUGCUCUGUAGAGCUGAACUCAGCAUGUGCCCUGUGUUAGCACCAUUUCUGUAACAUUUGCUUAAAAUUUCUAGCUAGAAAGAAAUCCAAACUGAUAAACUCAUUUUUCCAUAAAACCUCAAACCCCAAGUUGAGAUCAUGUAUCAAACAGCGCUUUAGAGAAUGGGUCAUGAAAGAAAUAGUGCUAAACUACUAAAAGUGAGACAAAUAGUUUAAUUCUGCUAAUCAUAAUUGCACACAAAACGUUAAUAGCCAAAAAAAAACAGCUAAAAUUAGUCAAAGAUUUCUAUGCUAGUAAACUAAGUUUGAAAUGUUCAGGAUUGCAAUUCCAUUUAUCUAAAACUUUUGAUUUAAAAUGUCUGUAACCUGUGUGUGUGUGUGUAUGUACUAUGUGUUCACAAAGACUUUGAACUGUGAGCUCUUAACUCUAUGUAAAUGUGCCUGAUGUUAAAAAAGCCUCAAACACGUCACAUCUGCAAAGCAAAUUUCAUAAAUGCCUCAAAUUUACUAAGUUAUAUUUAUUUAAGCCUCAAAGUCAAACCAGUGAAACUGUGUUAAAACCUGCACAACAGUGUGGACGAUGUAGAUACACUGUUAAGACUGAACUCAGUGAAGUGUUUAUAUAAUUAUAUCAAAUAAUUCAAUUUUAAUGAACCAAUGAAAUAUGUUGUUCAAGUGAUGUAUACUUAUAUGUUGUUUUGAUAAAAGUAUUGAAUGGAUUCUUGAUCAGAAAACAGCCCUGAUAUGACGCUAAUAUUAAGUCAUACCUAUGUUGUUUGCUUUUUCUAGCAUAAACGUAGCAUUUAAAUGUCUAAAGAAAGGUCAAUUUAUAUGCUACUUGUGUUCCAGUGAAAACUCAAGUUAUUGAUCGAAUAGAAGUUAUGUUGUUAGAAAUGGUAGGCUUUGAUUAACAUAAAUUUCCCAACAAGGUGCCAUAAAAAAAUAACUGUAUGUUGAAGUUUGCUAAAAUUCUACAUUUAGAGUUUUACAACUCCCAGCUUGGUGUUUCAAUACUUUUUUUCCCCCUCAUGAACCUACCCUGACCUCUCAGAAGUAAAUAGUUGCUUCAUACAGUUGUUAACUUUAUGGUCAGUUUCUAUUAGUAAGUUAGUGGGUUUGAGAUAUUCAUUCAUUUUGGAUCUUAGCAAAAGUCAAAAAUUUUACACUUAGAAACACACCAAAUUUGUUUACUAAAGAAAUUGUCAGUUUAAUUUCAAUGAUGUCAAUCAAUGUUAUAUAUUUGUCGCGAUUGUGUAAAUGAGGGGAAGCUGAUGAGGGUGUAUUGGAACACUUAGUAAAAAAAUAAAAAUAAAAAAGUUCCUCAAAUACAUUGGGAACGUGUAUAAAGUGAAGCCUGAAUUUAAAAGCACAAGGAGACUGAUGUUAGGAAACUUUCUUCAGUUUACAACUCUAAAGAAUAUCUUAGUAACAACAUUUUUGUCACACAGUGUGUAAGUCUAUGCAUUAAACUCAUCUCACCAUCCGUCAAGAUGGUAACUGAUUAUCGUAGUAUCUUAGUACCUUAAGCAAGUAUCCUCGUAUUCUAAUGUGUAUGGAAUCGAAAGUAUUUUUUAACUGUGUUAUGAUUCUUUGCAAUGUUGUAGCAAUACUUUGAGAGUAUUUUAAUAAAUGCUAAUAAUGCUCAAUAAGGCUUGGGUAAAGCAUUAUGGUGGGUGACAUAACAGCGACAUACAAAAAACAUCACUCUUUUAAAUGUUUUCAUUAUUUUAUUUGAAUUUUUUUAUUAAAAUCAAGCAAAAGUGUUUAUAUUGAGUAAUAUAUAUCUCAU